UGGCACGAAUAUGUAUGUUCAGUAUCGGAACUACAACAGCAGUAACUCUUCCUGUAUAAUGGCGACACGGAUAUCAAUGAACAGUAGUACACAUGAAGCGGAGUACAGGACAAGGUGGUACAAUCUGACAGCGGCAGCUCCACGCCAAAUUAAGUCACUAUACAAAACCCACAAUGAAAUACUAACAGCAACACAGUGCUAUCCAGGAGGCGGCAACUCUACGAACAAUUAUACCAUCACGUACACCGACAGCCUUUGCGCAGUUGUUAUUAUACCGCACUGGAAACACGCUGCAGUGAACUGUCCAGAUGCUUGCGAGAUGUGGGUAAGGGACGACAGUGUAAAUACAUGGAACACGUUAUGUGACCAACAAUAUGAAGAACAUUGCGGAAAGAGAAAGACUAAAGUCUACGACAAAAAGUACUGCGAUGCCAUAAUGGAUUACUUUCAGGACAAGAACACAGAAAUCAGAACGCAAUAA